CACUUCCUGCCAGGCCUGGCGCGAGGAUCGUCGCUUUCAGACAGACAGCAAGCGAGCAGCAGCAGCAGCUGCGAAAGCAAUUGAAAAAAGAAAUUUUAUUUUCUUGUAACAACAACUGACAGCAUGGCGGAAGCAAAUGAGGAUGAGUAUGAUCCCGAGAUGCUGGCCGAUGAGGAAGAGGAGGAUGAGGAGGACUUUGACUUGAAUUCAGCAGAUGAAGAGGAGGACUCUGACACCGCAGACGACGAUGACGACGACCCGCUGAAUUCCGAGAUCACGUUGUACGAGGGGGAGACCGACAGGCCUGCCGAGCGCAGCGGCCACAUCGCAGUGGCUGAUGGGAGUUAUAUGUAUGUGUGGGGCGGAUACAAGAAUUCCCGAGGAACUGGGCAUUUUGAUUUCUAUUUGCCGAGAGGUGAACUCUGGAUUUAUAACAUGGAGACAGAAGGAUGGCAGAAGAGGCAGGCGGAGGGCGAUGUCCCCCCAUCAAUGUCGGGCAGCUGUGCCGUGUGUAUGGAUGGAGUUCUUUAUCUUUUUGGGGGACAUCACAACCGAGGAAAUACCAACAGGUGCUACAGACUGCCUUUGAGGUGUUCGACUCUUACCUGGGAGAAGAUGAAGGAUCUGAAAGGACUGCCCCCUACCUGCAAGGACAAGCUGGGCUGCUGGGUUUACAACAACAGAUUGGUGUACUUCGGAGGGUAUGGCUAUGCAGCCAGCAGAGAACAUACUGGAACCUUCGAAUAUGACGAGACAUCAUUUUUUGCCAAUGGCAGUACCCGCGGCUGGAACAAUCACGUUCACAUGCUGGAUCUUGGGACUCUGACGUGGAGCCAGCCCAUCACAAAGGGUUACCCCCCCUCCCCAAGAGCUGCCCACGCCUGCGCCACUCUGGGAAACCGGGGCUACGUGUUCGGAGGCAGAUACAGGGAGUACCGUCUUAACGACCUGUUCUUCAUUAACCUGGACACCUGGGAGUGGACAGAAGUGUGCGUGCCACAGCACGGUCCAGUGGGUCGCUCCUGGCACUCCUUCACCCCUGUGUCUCCUGAUCACCUCUUCUUGUUCGGGGGGUUCACCACAGAUAAGCGGACACUCAGUGAUGCUUGGUUGUACUGUGCAAGCAAGAAUGAAUGGAAACCUUUCAAGCACAACCACACAAAGAGCCCCAGGCUGUGGCACACAGCCUGCACCAGUGAGGAAGGAGAGGUGAUCGUAUUUGGUGGCUGUGCGAACAACCUGCUUUCACAACAGUUUGCUGCCCACAGUAACAGAAUCCUUAUCUUUAGUGUUCAGCCCAAGUCUCUUGUAAGGUCUUGCAUGGAGGCUGUGCUGUGGUACAAAGAUAUCCUGGCUGGAGCCUGGCAGUGUCUCCCCCCCCAUCUGCUACGCCUCCUUUCCCAGAGACUAGACAGCACAGUGGGCUCCUCGGGUGGCAACACUGGGCCGUGAGAGACAGGGGAUACGCUCUGGGUGUUUAUAUUCUUUUAUAUGUUUAUUUAUGAGCCACGGGAUCGUGUUCUCUUGCUAGGAGAAAGUACUGUACAUUUGUCUAGUUUUUGAGCUGCACAUACAGAGCAUAUUUUUGUGCAAACAUUUGUUGCUUGUAUAGUAUGUAAAUUGUUUAAAAUAAAGUUUCAGGGGAGAUAUUGUUUGGUUAAAUCUAAGACGUCUUUCAGUCAUUGAUCCUCACUUAAUGUGGAGCUACCACUGUGCAGGUUUUAUAGGGAAUGUAAUGCACCUUGGUAGCUAAAGGUCUGGAAACACUUGUGAUUCAGACUCAGUUCAGUUAUUCAGGUUUGCUCAGGUAGAAUUAAACCCAAAAGAGCUUAUUGUGUUCUAGGACCAGGCUGGAAGCCCCCUAGGUCUUAUCUGCAACUAUUGUUUAUUCUGGAGAGGUUUUUAGGCUGCCAGCCCUGGAGUGCCACAAUCCAUCAGAUGCUUGGAGUCAACUUUAAAUUAAUUUCUAAAAACCUGAGACUUGUUUUGACCACUGAAGCUGGUACACAAAUCAGCUUGGUGAUAACUUCAACUCUUAAAGAUAACGGCUGGACUUUCCUGCCUGACUUAGGAAAACGAUGCAAGCUCAUCUGUUUCAAGGAUGACUGAAGGGAGUCCUGUUGGAUGGUGGCUGUCCAGAACCAGGGUUGGUCACGUCUGCCAGACUAUUUUGAAUGUUAGUGAUUGAGGGCAGAGGUUUCCACACUCAGGCUGGUUUUUGAUCCAGCCCUCUCUUCAUCAGAUCAUCGAUAACACUAACAAGAAAAAACUAGAUGUUUUCAAGUGUCAUUUAUUCUGCUCAAAGUUGGAAAUCUUAAGUUACAAAACAUUAAAAGGCAGCCUUUGUCUUGAGGAGGGAGCAAAAAACAACUAACACCAUUCUGGAUUUUGUCAACUGGUCCUUUCUUGUCAGUCCAAUCAGCAGAACAACACCGUAAAUUGGAACUGCCCUUUUAUCACCUGCAAAAGUGCCUUUCAGAAGAUCUGAUUAUAUUCAUUUUGUUUUGGGUUAAAGUGUACUCUGGUGUUACUGUUUUGAAAUGCUUUAAUUGUUCAUACAGAAAUGAAGAAAUGCAUGUAAAAUUCUUGUUAAUGGUAACAUUCAAUGCACGUUCAAAGUGUUCCAGCUGUUCUUUUUUAUUGUUCACAGUGUUCUCUGUACAUUCUUGAAAUGUGGCUGUUUAUACUGUCCCAUUAAAAAAAUCCAAAACUCCAGUACUUUCCAAAGUUGCUAAAUUACAUUUUUACACCAGAUUUAUCCUAGCAUCUUUUCUAUGACCACCGUGCUGGUUUAUCUUUUCUUUGCCGCCAACAAGUUGGGUGCUGAUACUUUAACUUUUCCUGGUAUAUUCCUGGAUAAAUCUGUGUCCUGAAAUAUAAAAAGGCAUUAAAAAUACGUAAACAACG